UCUCCUCUUUGUGACCAAGAAAACUCUAAAGGAAAACUCCAAUUCAGUUUCUAGUCAUAUUGUUUCUUUUCCUGAACAUUUGAUGAUCUUAAUGGAUGAUGGCACAAAGCGAAGUCUUGGAGAUUCCUUCUCCAAACCAGUUGGUUCUUUUGCUGCCAAUGCUGUGCAAGUUGAUCAGUGGUUAGUCAUGGAGGUUGAAGAAGAUGUUUGCUAUUCUGGUUCUGCAACAUCCUCCUUUGAAGCAGCAGAUUCAACAACAACUUCAUCAAUUACAUCUUCGUCUUCGUCGUUGUCGGACUCAACAGAGGAUGCCUCCUCUUCGACAACGUAUUCAUCUUCACCACCACAACCUUCUAAUAAUGAACCCUUGUUUGAAUUAUCAGAUCUCAUGGAUCAGCUCCCCAUCAAAAGAGGGCUUUCUAAGCAUUAUCAAGGGAAGUCCCAGUCUUUCACAUCUCUAUCUAGUGUAAGGUGCUUAGAUGAUUUGGCAAAAAGAGAGGCUCCCUGCAGAAAGAAAAUGAAGACAUGUAAGAGCUAUGGAGGUGGGUUAGAUACACGGAAGUCAUGUACUCCUCCUAAGGCUGUCAUAUCAAAGAAACCUUCAAGGGGUUCUGCUUCUUCACUAGCAGGUAAGAUAGGUAGCUUCAUGGGUAGUUGUAGGCCUCCACUUCCUGUACAAAGGAAUUAAUAUAUUUAAAUCUCAUGGGCAGUUUUAAUUAUGUUUCCCACCUACAAGCCAAUAUAAACAAAACGUUUAAAUAGAGAAUUGGUUUAAUUAGCCAAAAAGAUGAUGUUCAUUAGUCAGACCACCUAGAAGAUC